AUGAGCAAAAGCUGUGAGCCCCGCCAGGAGCUCCACGUGUCACCGGCCGCCAAGCUGUCUCUCCGGCUACUCCCCGCCAUCAUCCUGGACAAUGAUGAGGAUGACGAUGGCAACUUCACCAACUGGAUGAGCAGCUACUGGGGCCACGGCGGCGAUGGCGGCGGCGGCGGGCAUUCCAAAGAGCGCAAGCACAGCUUCCGGGGAAACGCCUCGCGACACAAAGCUGACCGCCGGGCCUCCCUGCCCUGCCCGUCACAGUUGGAUGCUAUGCACCUAAACCGAAUCCAUGCAGCCGCAAUGGCUCCUGCCCCCGCGCACAUGAAGGGCCGAGAGGACAAGGAGUUCCGGUCGCAUCCUCGCGCUCGCCGCGUCUCCUCUGACGAGAACAGUCGCAAGAGCAACAUCCCUGAGCAACAUCCCAUCACCCCCAUCCCCGAGCUCGCAGAAUCCUUUGAGAGGAGACUACGGUUCCGCAACCAGAAAGUCAUGUCAUUGAUUUUGUGGUUGCAGGGUGACGCAGAUAAUGUAUGUCUUCUUUGCCAUGAGGAAAAACGCAAUGGUCAAGUCCAAGAAUUGCACUGCUCACAUCGAUUCCACAAAGAGCCUGGAAGGAAACCGGAGCAGGUGCGUCCCCGCAGUGGAAGCUCAGCAGCCACCUGUGAGCGGAGGAAGUGUGGGGACGAGAACAGGAAGUCGGGAGAGGCGGCUAUCUCCACGGAGCAGGAAGACUACCACCAUGUCCCCCGCCGGCAGCUCUCCCUACGGCGCCAACGCUAGCAGUGCCAACACAAAGCUACUGUUUAACAUCAGCAGCAGACACCCCUGGGUCUUUUUUCAGUAAUUUUGAAGUGUGUCUUGUUGGGUCAUAGUACAGGAUUGGCAUCAGAGUGUUUCCAUGGUUUCAUACCCCACAAAAGAAGAGAAACUAGCCCAACAAUUCCUAUUUAUUUAUAUAUAUAUUUUUUAAGGGUAUGGGUGUUGGAAACUGAUGUGAAAAUUCCACUAGUCAACACCAUUAUGGCUUCAAUGUCAACAAAAAUCAACCAUCUUCAUUUUUGCAUGCCUAGCACCAACACAUUGUCUUGAAAUUUCUGAACAGACAUUUUUGUUUAAAACAUUUCCAAAAAUGGAAAUGUUUUACAAUUUGCUUUUUGAAUGGCUGUUUUUGAAGCCCAAUUCACAACCAUUAGCCAUACAGUAAGUUAAUGUGCUGCUCUUUGAUAUUCAUUCUGUAAGGUAUAAUGACCAGCCCACAAUAAUGUAAAUAGUCAAAUCCUCUGUUCAUAAUGCACCAUAAUGUUGAUGUAUAUAGAUGUUGACUGUAUUGUUGAUAUUCCUCGUGGGUUGUCUAUGGAAAAGGUCACAGCCUUUGUGCGAGUGACCUGUGUAGGAUCUGCUGUUGGGUUACAGGGUUGUGUCUUUAAUCACUGGACGAGUGGUAAGAGGUUGAAGCUAAAUAGGUCACCAACCCUCACUGGAAACUAGUUGGAGGCUACAUGGGAUCCGGCCUCUGCAACAGAAAUCAAUAGUAAUCUUUCACCUACACGUUUCACUGAGGCAGCAGUGUGUAGAGAAUGGGUGUGAAAGCAUGUUGGUGGUGGAUGUUCACUGCCAUUGUGUUACCCCAACCCACUGGAGAGGCCUUUCUCUAUAUAUCAGCAUCAAUUGUCACCCAUUAAUACAGAAAUGUAGGCAUGACAGAAAAAAUGCUGUGUUUUCACUGUUUCUGUGCAUAUACACAUCUUCUUUUUUUUUAAUGUAAACAAAAACUUCAAAAACACUAGAGACCAACAUAUGAUUGUGUACAGUGCAAUAAACUAAUAGAUAGAUUAUUUUCCUCAGACUUCCAUCACUGGAAGAGUUCCAGAUGCUCUGUUAGGUCAACAGAGACUACAGAGAUACUCCAGCAUCCGUAGAGUGCUAUGGAUUUAUUUUAGCAUGUGUUAAUCUUACAGUGAGCAUGUCAGACAGGCAAUACCUUGUUGGCAUACUUUCUCUAACAGUCCGUUGUUGUGUUGCAGUGCCUCGAGCAGUGGUUUUGGAAUCAGCGCACGUGUCCCAUCUGCAAAGCCAAAGUGGUCAUGCCUGCGCCCCUCUACUGGUCCUCUGCACGUGUCCAGUUCCCCUGAUGGUGUUUCCGGUUACCCAGCAUGUCCCUCUCUCCCUCUCUCUCCUCCUCCUCUGCAUGCGACCCCUCCCUUCGAGCAGACUGUUGAUCAGCUUGUUGUGGUGUUGAAAGAAAAGUGGAGCAAGUUCAGAGGACAUCUAACAGAGCACCCUAAUCUGAGAGUGUAGCAGGGCUGCAUGCUUCCCUGGCUGUCCCCACUUCUGGGUCAUAUGUUUUCUUGAGUUUGAGUUUGUCUUUUAUUUCUCCAUGGUUUUGUAGGAAGCAGGGGGUAUGGGGUAUGAAAUGUGGGGUUUUAUGCCCAUGAACUGUGGAUGUUCCUUCCCCACAUGACCGUUUUGGGGUCAGUUGUUGAGCCUAGAUCUCAUGUGGAUCUCAUGUUGGGCAAUGUUAGGAGUCAGGACAUCUGAGGUGUGGACAGUUCAGUGUCAGCUAUGGGUAUGCCACAUUCUUCCUGCCCAAUGACUGUAUUUAUAGGUAGGGCAAGAUUUCAUUACUUCACAACUAUGAGCUGUGGUUUAAUAAUGAAGUGAAAAAUGAAGACGCUCAGCCCACAGAUUAUGGUUUACACACUAUCUUUCAAAAGUUCGGAGUCACUUCGAUGUUUCCUUGUUUUUGAACAGAUUGUUAAUGCAGUAUCUACAGAUCCUACUUUUGUUAAGUAGUAAAACACCAGUGUCAGCAUCAACAGAAGAGGUGACUUCUGGUGACCCACACUUUUGAACAACAGUCAGCCAUGGUCAACUAGCCUGGGAAUACCCAUACAAACAUUUGGCAAAUUUGGGAUUUUCUCUGCAGGUCCGUCUGGCCAAGAGGCUAUUGAAGCCCAUUUCCAAUGUGCCUAAAAGACGGGCACGCAAAUACAAUUCUUAAUCCGGCAUGGACGUGUAUUUCUUUGGAAUGAGUAAACAACUGCACUUAAAACCUUCAUUUACAAGAUUGCUACACUUCUGAAACGAUUUGGUAGGAGUUUAAAGUACAAAUUUCAGUUUAAUUUCAUUGCUACUGCUAGUUAUGCCCCUGCUGGAAGUCGUAAGUCAAUGAACCUUUUCCAGACCCACUCUCAGUUGUACAGUUAUGAAGGUCUGGGUGUUCCCAGGCUAAUGGUCAACCUAAAUCUGAUUCUUUUUUUUUUAAAAUGCUACAUCUCUGUUGUCCUUUUCCGACAUGCAACUUAGUAUGGCAGAGCCUUGACUAACAUUGCUUGGGACCAACUUUUCUAUUUGUUACUGAGUGAAACUCUACUCUGACAAUGUAAAUAUGUGUAAAUACAUGUAUUUCCUGUGUUAAGGAAAGCAGUAGCACUCUCUGUGUAGGUAGUAUGUAUCUGUAUAAUAUUAACUUUUUUUAAAUAAAUAUUAUUAUGGUAACCUGUGAAGCUCCUUUUCACAAGUGCAUGAAAUCACUAUCUGGUACCUGUGUUCACAUAGUCAUGAAUUUAUAUAAUUGAAUGUGGUGAUGUGAUGUAGACUUAUUCAAUUUUGUUGACAGUUUUCCCUUGCUUCUGAUAGCUAUGGUUUAUUGUGCAAUAUGUGUGAGAGAACCUCACUAUAAACUAUCAAACAUGUCAUGCCAAACUGUCUGGGUUUACAAUUUGGAUGAAAGACUGGCAAGACUGCUCUUUGUACAGCUCUAUACGUUUUUAAAGGAUAUCGAUUUCACUGUGAUAUUAGCCUUUUGUUCACCUUUACUAGAUCUAUCCACCUUUAUUUUGCAGUUGAUGCCACCAAACAGAUUUUUUACAUUGUAUUGUGAUUGGGAGUACUGAUAUUGUAUGCAAUGUUGAAUGAUCCAUUACUAUAUUUUCACAUUAUGCCUGUCCAACUCUAAAAAGUGUUUGUGUAUAACCUAUAUAUGCAUAAACCUGUAAAAUGUGCCAGGCUGUCUUCUCACUUUCACACCAUAACUGGAUAUCAAUGUACCUCUUCCUCUAGCUCCUCAGCGGCUGUAAUAUACUUUAAACUCAUGUAAAUACAGAUAUUCUAAUGGUAUGUUCAAAACCACAUGGAAUAAAGUUAAGACGGACAUA